AUGGUGAGUUUUGAUGUGGAGUCACUUUUCACCAAUGUUCCCGUUAAAGAAUGUCUAGAAGUUGUCAGAAGGAAACUGAGCGAUAGUGGCAUGUCGGAGACAAUAAUGGUGUUGCUGAGGAACUGCUUGGAAGGGAGCUACUUUUUGUAUCGCGGAAAACAUUACCUCCAGAUUGAUGGGGUUGCCAUGGGUAGUCCAGUGGCACCGGUUCUGGCAAACAUCUGGAUGGAGCAUAUCGAGGCCAGUGUAGAUCUGCAGCCUUGGGCAGUGAAGUUGUGGAAGCGAUAUGUGGAUGAUGUUUUCUGUAUUAUGAAGGGUGGUAAGCAGGAGGUGGAGCAACUUCUCCAAUAUCUUAAUUCUAUUCAUCCAAGGACUAAGUUUACGUACGAAUUAGAAUCACAGCACAGUUUGCCGUUCUUAGACGUGAAAGUGAUUGGUCGAGUGGACGGAACCCUAACUGUUUACAGAAAGCCUACGCACACUGACAGGUAUUUGAAUGCCCUGUCUCACCACCACCCGCACCACCUGCAGUCAGUUGUCUCAUCGCUGGUGAAUAGAGCGUAUGAUCUGUGUGACCCUGAAUAUUUGAAGGAUGAGUUGUCACAUAUUCAGGAGGUGCUUAGAAGGAACGGGUACAAGAAUAAAAAGUGGCAACCUAGACGGAAGGCAAGGGGGAAACGUCCUGAGGUGUCCAGACAACCGGCAUUUCUGCCGUAUGUUAAAGGUGUGACGGAUAAGACGCCAAGGAACACUAGUUCAUAA